GGGCCGUUGCCGGGGAACGGCGGAGCAGGGGGAAAGGGCCCGGGCCUGCACAUGAAGCCCAGGAAGGGAGCGGGGCUCGGGACCGGCCGCGGCCGACAAAGGACAGGUCUGAGUGAUGUUUCGCCUUCCACAAGCCUGCCCCCGCUUGUGGAAGGGCAGCUGCACUCUUUCCUGAAACUCACCAUUAGCGAAGUCCUAUGGAUGGUGAAGAAGCCACCCACUUGUGCUGACAUCCGCGUGCGGUGGUGGGGGGAGACGUCAGAUGGUACCCGGUUCCGUCCCAGAGAUUCUUCCCAAUCCGAGCAAAAGGCCGUAAGAACGACGACGCGCUAUGCCGUUCGCUGUGGGCCGAAGCAGUUUAACGCCUACCUGACAGAUAUGGCGAUCCUCGUCCUAGAAGUAUUCAGCAAACCUGACCAUCUCCCCAUUGGCAGCGUUCAGGUCGGCGGACUAUCCCGGCUCUCCCCGGACCAUCCGAUCGAUGGAUUCUUCACUGUCGUUUCACCGGCGUCCGAAAAACUUGGGGAACUCCGGGUAUCGCUUGCGAUAGAGCCUCUGUCGGAAAUGUAUGGGACCGGCAGCUCUCUCCCUGCCACAGAUGUGAGUGCGGAUGGGGCUCCGGCCGAGCGGGGGCUCAGAGGGAAGGCCGAACCCAGCGAGACUCCGGUUCUGGUUCCAUCUCAGCCGUCCAGAUGUGCCACAACCAGUCCGGCCAUAAAAGAGUCCACGAGCAACGGCAGCAGGGCCACAACUCCGAAGCAAAGGGAUUAUUUUUACGUCCGGGGGAUCAGUGACCCCACAGAGCGCCCUUGCUUUGGACUGCCCCCACCACUGAGUUCAAGCCAGGCUGGAGAGGGCGGAACCCGGAUGCCCGCGCCUCCGGGACAGUCGUCCCACCCCACUCCCGCCCAACCUCCGACACCAACCGGCAGAGCCCCCGACAGGUGCGGUGGAUCCCGCCUCCUCUCCGAGACCGGUCCCGCCGCCAAAGACCUGCUGUCAGCUCUUCUGGAUCAAGGAAAUAAACUCCGAAAUGCCAUGGUGGUUUCUGCGAUGAAGUCCUGCCCGGACAUUGACGUGGACUUGCCCGAAGUUCAGCUCUCUUCAAAGAGCGGAUCCUUCAAAGCAUCAGCCAAGGCGGCAGUGCCGUUCGGGGGCCGCUACGGAGACCGCGUUGUACCAGGAGCUGAAGUCCCCUUCCUCCCACCGGCCGAGAAUGGAUUUUGGGAGCACGACGGGCAAGCGGAGGCUAACGCGAUUCAGUUAUUGCUGGGCAGUGUUGAGAUAGCACAUGGGCAUGGCUGGGACGGAGUAGGCUCUCCUCCAAACUCACUGUCUCCCGAGAGCGAGCUGGAUUGCCACAGUGAGCUCAACGAUCCUCAGUAUGACCAGAGUCUGCUGGAGAACCUGUUUUACACGGCACCGAAAUAUGAUGUCAGCAUGAGCGAUUUUCUCAGUGAGGACGAUGAUGGCACGCCUUCUAAAAAAAUGAAAGAAACACAGGGGUUUUCCAAGGCCCUGAAUGGGAUGGACUCUAAAGACCACGGUCAGAAAAAGAUGGCAGCAGGAAAGAAGCCCAGAAACUGUUCUGUGGGACGGAAAGCCACCUCUAAAAUUCCAGAGGAAACUCAGUUGACGAUGCUGAGUGUAGAUAGGCUGGCACUCCUGGGUCGCAUAAACUCAGCCAGAGUCGUCAUCGAAACGCUGAGCAUUCCCCCAGAUGGCGUUCCAGCAAGUCUGAACCCAAAGAGCUGCAGUGGGAAACCGCCCCGACCAACGGUAGCCAAAAAGCGCACUUUCUUCGUGGAAUACCGCUUUCCCGUACGAUCCUCUAGAGAUGAAACAAGGCAGACUUCGGUGACCGUGGAGAUCGUCCAGCUAGCGUCAAGGAAAAUUGCAGGAGGAGUGGUGAAAUUCCAGCAGCGAUAUGUGUUUCCUGUCCAUUUUGAUGGAGCAAUGAUAGAGCACUGGUGGAACUCAUUCCUCACUUUCAAAAUUUUCCUGAGGAAAAAUGCGGAGAAAAAGCCAAGGACGAUUGGUUCGGCCUCUCUUCCUCUGCGAGACAUCCUUCAGGCGGAACUGCUGUCUUUCAGCGGCGAGCUGCAUGUGGUGGAGGAAGAUGGCCAGGCGCAGAUUGGACCCCUCAAGGUCUCAGUAGCCCUGGUAGUAAAUAAAAAAGACUUCACUGACGUCUCUGCAAAGUUGGUCAGUGAUCACCCGCAAAGCCCCGAAUGCCCUGGAACAAGUCCAGGAAAGAAGUCACUAGAUGCCGAGCGCAUUGUCGUGUGUGACCGGAGCCCUCAGACCCUGCCGCAGAAACCUGAAGAAACUUCAGAAAAGUCACCCAGAUUCACCCCGAGCGUGUUUAAGCCCCCGUUCUCCGAGGCUGAAUCAACCUCCCAGCGUCCCAGGGGCCAGCUCAGUGGUGCAGCAGAAGAAAAUGGAUUGCUGUUACACGUCUUGUUGAUGGUGCCAGAUGGAAAAGACUUUCUCCCGGGGAGCUGUGAAAAGCAGAGGCCGUGCAAUGUAUACUUAAACUGCAAACUCUUUAACACAGAGGAAGCCACAAGGUCGAGUGUGGUCUGGGGCACAACCCAGCCAGCCUUUCAUUUUUCCCAGGUCACUCCUGUUUCUCUGAGCCCCAAACAUCUGGAAAGGAUGAAGAACAACGUGAUGGUGGUUGAGGCCUGGAAUAAGGUGGGCAGAGCAGGGACGGACCAGCUGCUCGGCCUGGUGAAGCUCCCCCUCCAUCAGUUUUACCUGUCGUUCCGAGACCCCAAGAUUUCUCAGCUGCUGCUCAAGGCUCAGUACCCGGUGGUGGCCAUAGACAGUUAUAUGCCAGUGAUUGACAUCUUCACGGGCCACAGAAAUGGGAGCCUCAGAGUGUUUUUAGCUAUGGGUUCGGCCGAACAGGUCAUGGCACUGCAGAGGCUAAAGAAUGAAGACGAGACCCUUCCGUCCAAUCCCCGACGACCAGCCCACCGUCUGGAUCAACCGCCGGCUCCCGUUGCCACGGCAGAGUUUCAAGGAGACGGGCUGGUGGCGCACACGUUUGAGGUCCGUGUGGAAAAGGUGAAGGGACUUGCUCCGCUCCAGUCGACCGUCUGGGGAGAAGCGGAUUGCUAUGUCCAGUACUAUUUUCCAGCUCAAGAAACGGAUUCUAGUGUGUUGAAAGGGGCCGAGUUCAUUGAAAGUGGCACUGUGUUGAAGCCCCGUCGCUCAGCAACGACGUUAUGCGUCCCCGAUCCCGUCUUCGAUGACGAGCAGCUCCACACUCUGCUGGUGCCCCCAGGGGUGCCCGUGCAAAGGAUCCUGCUCUCCGCCUUCUCCACGCCAGGUCAUGCCGCCGGCGUGGGAGUUCAGUUCGAGGUCUGGUGCAGAUAUUACUUCCCCAACGUCAGAGACCAGAUGGUCGCCAAAGCUACUUUACCGUUGUCCCGGCUCUGCGCCCUGGUGACCAUGCAGCACCGGGGGGAUGUGGGGAUCCAGACCUUCAGCCUUCCCUUGAUUCCCUGGACUGCCCACAUGGAAGGACUCCAGCCUCUGCCUUCAGGCGUGCUGGACGUGAGCCUGAGGUACGGGCAGUCGCUGGAAACGGCAGAGGGCCUCGUGGCCGCCCCAGCCGUCUUCAUCUCUGUGCGCGUGCACAGAGCCGCCGGUCUGCAAGCAGCAGCCAGAAGAGCCGCCGAAGAGACGCCCUCACUCCGGUGCAGCGCCGAGGCGGGCGUCAACGCUUCGGUGGCCGUGCACUUCUCCUUCCUGCCCAGAGGAGAGGUGCGCAGGACUCGCCCCGUGGCCCAGACCUUCUGCCCCGAGUUUGCCUAUCACCUCGAGUUUCCCUGUAACCUGGCGAUCCAGCGUGGCAGCGGAGAAACCCGUUUCCUGGCGGAACUCUUGGAGUUUGGUGAGGUGACCUUCUCCGUGUAUCACCAGGAGGCCCGGACAGCUAAUGAGGUAUCCCCACCGCCGGCCGCAAGAGAUCAUCUCCUCGGAGUCGUGAGGGUUCCAACGAGAGACCUGCUCAUCAGGAGAUCUGGGAUCUCCGGGUGGCACCCACUCACUUUGCCAGAGGAUGCGGCGCCGCCUCCCGGGACGGGCCCGUUGCACUCGGUCGUGGGUGGCCUGGAGCUCUCUGUGGCCUUCUCCCGUCGCGGUGACCGAGAGCGGGUGGUGGAGGCCGCACGGCUGGCAGGCGGGGGCGGGGGGGACGCCCCGGGCGGCGGCCUGGAUGGCGGCCUGGACGGGGGAGCCCGGGAACCCCACGGCCCGGCGGCCCUGUCGGUCCGCACCCCCGAGGCCUGGCUGCCGGUCCACUGCCUGCCGCGAGCGGGCCGGGACCACGUCCCCCAGAACACCUUCUGCUACCUGCGCUACAAGCUGUACGAUCGAGAAGCCUUCUGGACCCCGCUCGCCAAGCCCCGGGUCGCGGAGGACCGGAGGCACGUCAGCUUGAAGUUCGAGGUGACGAGGAGCGUCCGGGUGACCGGGAGCCAGUCCUUGCUGUGGUAUUUCAGGGAGGAGCGCCUGGAAGUCCAGCUGUGGCACGCCCUGGGGGACGACGGCGGGGAGAGGCCCCGGGACACGGACCGCUGGAUCGGCUCCGCCUACGUGGACCUCUCCGAGCUCGGGGAGAGGCCGGGGCCGGUGCGGACCGUGUGCGGUGUUUACCCUCUGUUCAGGCGCAACGCCGAUGACCUGUCGGGAGCCGCCGUCCGAGUUCGCGUCGCUCUGACUUCCAGGCUCGACCCCAGCAGUCCUAUCCCGGGGAGUGACUCUGCUGGAGACGGCAGCGACGGCGACUCCGAGGUGAUCCCCGGCGGGGAUGUCCCGGCCUCCCGGGGCCUCGACGUCCCGGAGGACUGUGCUCCUCCGGAAAUGCCCUGCGGACCCCCAACCCCAGAUCCAGCUUCAGCUCCAGCCCCGGGCCCAGCUCCAGCCCAUCUGGAAAGUACUUUUGCUGUCAACAUCCUUGUGGAAAGAGCCAUGCAUCUAAGUUUAAAAGGGAGCCCUCUGACCGAACGAAACGUUGCGUCUCCCAGUUGCUGCGUGUCUUUUGCCGCUGCGGAUGAGAGGUCCCCGAUAUAUUCCCCGGUGGUUGAAAAUACAGACUCCCCAGUCUGGGACUUUGAGCAGCAAACAAGGUUACCCAACGAACUUCUGCUGGACCCCCGGCAGACCCUAGUCUUCAAAGUGUGGCACAAAACAGAUGUUGAGAGAGUGAUUGGUUUCGCCUCCGUGGACCUCUCGCCUCUGCUGUCCGGCUUCCAGAUCGUCUGUGGCUGGUACAACAUCACCGACUUCAGCGGGCAGUGCCAGGGGCAGAUUAAGGUUGCCAUCUCCCCUCUUGAAAACAUAAUACACCUCAAAGAAGAGAGGCUCGCGAGGCCGGCGCCCCAAGCUUCGGGAGCAGCAAGUCAACACUUCGGGACUCUGUUCCCUCAAGCCUUGGCUGUAGGCCCACCUUGGCCUUCAUUUCCCAGCUGUAUUUCCAGAGGCAUCGCAGACCCCUCGGCCCAGGGCGUCGGCUUCUCGGCCUCUAGUCAGAGCAGUCCUUCGAGAAGCCUAUCGGCACGUCACGAAGAGCACGUUCAGAACGUUCGCCGAUUUCACGAGUCCCUGCAGCACGUGGAAGGGAGUGGCGUGCGGGGCGACAUCAGGCUGGAAUCGCUGUCUCACUCAUCCCGCUCUUCCCUCCGAGCCUCUCUCAGGAGAAACCUGAGGGAGUUGGAUGAGAUUCAGCGCCACUUGAGCAGGAAGCUAGCCAAGCCUCCUCCCGGGCUCCACGGUGGCCACGAGCCCCCACGGGACUGGCCCGGCAGGGAGGAGCCUCCUCCUGGGGCGGGGAGGAUCAGCCUGGACCCGGAAAGCCGCCGCAUCCUAGAGAAAUCCAGCCACUUGGUGUCUCACGUCAGCGCCCUCAUUACUGAUCUGCAGAAUAUGACCAAGGGUAUCCGAGACCCUGCAAGCUUUCAGCGAGGCACAGAGGUUGAGACUCUGCCGGGCGUAGAGAGUCCGACUGGUGGAGGAGAGAGAAUUGGCCGGCAGCAAGUGGGAGCGUCAGCCGGAAGCCCAAGGGACCGGGUGCCCGCACCUUCUCCGCCCCCUCUCGGCAGCGCGCCGUCGACAGGGGGUGGCCCGUUGGAGAUUCUGGACCGAGCAGUGACCGCACAAAGCCCUCCCCAGCUCACCCAGGGACCGAGCCAGCCCGAGGCAGAGCCGGCUUCCAGUGGGGAUGAGUAUGAAGAAGAUAUCAUUGAGCCAGAGACCCUCAAUGAAAUAACGGCAGUGACCGACAGGACCAGACCCUGGUCCAGCAUCCUUUCGGAAGCCGAGAAGGCUGCUGCUACCGCUGCUAUGGAGGGAUGGGGUGACCCCCUGCGACCCUCCAGAGAGGGUAGACAUGAAGGAAGUGACCCUCUGUCCAGCCUCGAGCCAGGAGGCUCCCCUAGCGGACUGAGUUCGGCCAGCUCAGGCGACGGCCCCUGUACCGAGACGGGCGGACCGGACAGCGCCGAGGCGGGGGCGGGUGACUCGUCAGAUGGUCGGGGAGCCCAGGAGGAAGAUGGGCUAGAGGCCGAGGCAGCGUCCAGCCCGUCGACUGGUUCUCCAGGGUGCCGCACCUCUACCAAGAUCCCAGCCGCCUCAGAGACGGGAGAACAGAGUUUCGUGCCCGGCGUCCGCGGUGCCACCCGGACAGAUGGGGAAUGGCACGGAGGGCCGCCCUCUCUCUCCUCCAGUAGCGACGAAGGCCGCCCUAGUGCCCGACAGGAAAGGGGGCCUGCCGCCCGGAAGGAAACCUCGAGGCCUCGGAUCCCCUCACCGGAGCCGAUGGUGGUCCCCAACUUCUUCCUUCCAUCCCGACAGCUGGAAGCAUCUAUGAGGAUACUGGCCCUGUCCACGGCCCCGCCCCCAGAGGAGGUGAAAAGAAGCGACCCUCCCGAGAGAAUCCCGAAGUGGAGCCGCAGUCGCCCCAAACCCAGCCAGGCUCCUGCGGAUCUGCCACAGCAGGAGGCCCGAAGGAUCGCCAAGAUAUUCUCUGGCCGGUAUUCCAAGGACAACUAGGCAGUCCUGUUCAGAGCAAGGAGACUGGAGGAUCGGUCAGCAGCCCAGCGGGGCCGGCGGCCUGGAGCUGAGGCGCCAGCGGGGGCUCUGCGGGGGAGGGAACCCGGGGGACCCUCGGCCUCGCUGGAGCAACGCCAGAACCGGUGCCUCUCCCUCCCCUCCUCCCUCCCCUCCGCUCGAGAACCUCAUCUGGGCCGGUCCUGGGUGGAGACAUCAGUCCCAAGCCAAGGAAACCGGGAAGGGAGAAAGUCGGCCGGUCCUCGGGGAGGGGGCUCACGCCCCGCGGUCCCGGCAGUCCCGGCCCCCGGGGCCAGUCAAGCCGGGCCCUCUGGCCAGGGGAGGAAAUGGCUGCCGGUGGGCCCCGAGCACUGUGCUUGGCUGGGCCAAAGACCCCACAGACACGGGGUGCCCCCAAGCCACCACCCCGGGGAGGAUGGGGCCACAAUGGAAAUUCAUUCCUACGAUACCCGGGAGUGACUGCCGAGUAAAAAUCCCCCCCUUCCUCCUCCACUCAGGCCAUUGUCUUAAACUGAAACCGCACUUUUAAAUUAUUUUUUAACAAAGUCAACAGAAUUAUUUUCUCGUUUCAAUAAAGCCACGUUUGUAUUUUUGUGUGA